AUUUUAUUCUAUACACUAUUGUCAACAUAUAAUAUUAUGAAAAAUGAUAAAUCAUAAGACUAUUCCUUUGGAUUUCAAAGCACAUAAUCAUAAUGUCUAUGAUGAUUUUUAUUUUAGUGAAUUAUCAGAUGAAGAUAAUGUUUCUUCUGAGAAUAUUCAAGAAAGUUUAACAUCACUUACAAAAAAACUGAAAUGGCAAAUAGCUAAUAAAGAUCGAGAUAAAGAAAAACUUUUCACUGAUUAUGAGAAUUUACAGAAAAAAUAUAAUUCGUUGUUAUUAUCCUAUGAAUCUCUUCAAGCAUCUUCAUCAAGACAAUUGGCAGAUCUAAAAGCAAAAUUAUCAUCUCUUACUUCUGAAAUGAAUAGAAAUAUGGAUUGUCUCCAUGAGGAAUUGGAAAUUAAAACAUUACAUCUUAAUGAACUCAAACAAAAACUCGAAAAACUUAAAAAAGCAAAUUGUAUAGCUAAUGAAAAUAUUAAAAACCUUCAAAUGGAAUUUGAUCAGGAAAGAAGUCGUUGGGAAGAAGAAAAAAUAAAACUAACUUUAAGCAAAAAUUCACUCAAAAGAAAUGAAAUAUCACAAGAGUUUAUGUUAUUGCAUAAAUAUUUUGAAAAUAUGAAACUCAAAUCUUUAGAAACAAAAGAAAACUCAUAUGUCAGUGCUGCUUCAUCUAUUAAUAUUAAAAAUGAUGACAUUAUUGCUUCAUCUUCUUCUGAUAAUUUUUUUCCAGGUCAAAGUCUUGCUGAAGAAUUAAGUUUAUGUUUUGAUAAGGAUAAAAAUUUGAAUUCCGAUACAUUUGUCUCAAUAGAUUUUUUAGAUAUAAACAAUUCUUCUCAAUCUCAACUGGAUAAGAUUUCUCUACCUCUAAAUCAAUCUAUUCUAAACCUUUCUUCUGAUGACACCGUUUAUUUUCCUACAAACAUAAAUACUUCAAUUACUUCAUCUACAAAUCUAGCUCAAAAAAAACUUUCUCAAUUGACUCUUUCUACUCAAACUCUACCGAAAAAAAAAACAUCUAUAUUAAAUAUGAUUCAAAUAUCUACAAACGAUUCAUUCAAUCUCAAUAAUAAUCAUUCAUUUCAACCAACAAAUUCAAAAAAUUAUCUUUUAAAAAAUCAAAGGCGUUCUAUUUCUACUGCUACUUAUUUUUCUAAAUUUUAUGAUUCAAAAAUUUCUCCACCACUACCUAUUCCUAUCAGAAGAGCGUCUCUUAUUUUUAAAAAAAUACACUAAGUCUUUUUUAAUAAUUUAUUUUCUUUUAAAA